AUGCCUCCAACCCUGCAAGGGAGUGCAGACCUAUCGUUGCUGAGGGCUGAAGUACGGCAUGAAGAAGAGAACGUACGGUCCCUUCGUCUCCAACUCGCUGCCGCCGAACAACGUCUCACCCUCAAACGAUCUCGCCUCAAAGAGCAUGACCAACCCGACCGAGCAUCAUACAUAUCUCUCCUACCCGACGAGCUCCUCUCAGCUAUCUUUAACGAGGUUCUCAAGCCAGCCCUUUCAGAGCCAGCAACGACACGCGUCUUCUUUGAGCGGGUCUCUUCAAAACCACGAUUCGCCCUCGUCUUGUCGCAUGUUUCGAAGCUCUGGCGUUCCAUCGCUAUCGCCACAGCCUCUCUUUGGGCAACUGACAUCAGGCUCUACCCAGACCAGUCCGUGCAGCUACUCGAAACAUACAUCACACGCGCUAAACAGCAUCUCCUCGAUAUAUAUAUUGUAGACACGAGUGCGCGGGCGGCGGUGUCGCCGGUUGAGAGCAGGCGCAUCGCUGUACUGUUGGCAGACUGUAUCGCACGCUGUCGUAGGCUGUCAAUCAUGUCGCAGUGGGACCUGGCGUGCCCCUUGCUCUUCCAGCUUGUGAACGCCAGUGCCCCAAGCCUCUGUGAGCUCUGUCUUGCGAUCAAAGGUGGCCCACCAGUCACACACGACAAAUUAGCACUAUUUACGAACGGCGGCGCACCUGUACUAUCGUCGUUAGAAGUGCGCAAUGUACCUCCAAGCACGUUCGGCCACUUCUUCCAGAACAACACGCUCACCUCACUUAUCCUAUCCUCGACGUCACUCAAUGAUAUCUUGCAUGUACAUGAAACACGGUUUAGUGCUCGUGAUUUUCUGAACCUCCUUGGGGCGUCGCCCGCGCUGGGUAGUCUUGUGUUGUACGGUGAUCCUGUACGUUUUGAUGCAGCGGAUGCUAGGGCACUAUUUGAGACAGUGAAGCUACCCGUCCUGCAUACGCUGGUACUAAUGCCAGUGCGCACAUGUUCAUACCUCUACAAUGUGCUCAAACUACUCGACAUUCCCUCCCUCCAUUCCCUUACACUCGACCUGCGGCGGAUCUAUUCAUACAACGUAAUGAAUACGCUGGUCGACUUUCUGCGGUACGACGCGCAGUAUGUGAAUCUACGCAACUUUACACUGUAUGGUGGGCUGAACAAGGAUGAUGUGGCAUUCGCCGCUGUGCGAGCGUUUCCGAAUGUGGUUAGUCUGACGGUAUCGGUGUAUACAAAUACGAUGCUGAAGGUGCUUACGCGGGGGGACACUAGAAGGGAGGAGGAGGAGGAGAGGGCGGUGGGCGUGGAUAGUGAGGAUGAGGGACAUGGGGCUGAGUCUUUCUGGCCUGGCUUAAAGGAGAUCGUGAUCGAGGAUACGGCAAAGAAUGUGAAUCUGCAUCGGUUGUUGAAGAUGUUGCAAUUCCGGAAGAAAAUGGGACGGCCACUUGAAGGGAUCAAGUUUGAUGAUUUGGACGGUAGAUUUCCGUGGUUCAAUGCGCCGUUUAAUAGACUGUUGCAGACUUGUGUUGCUGCAGAGCUGGGUUAGCCAGAUGACUUGUUGUACUAUCCAUUGUUUUCACUGCAAUUAUCUACUGAUGUCAUGUCCUUCAUCUAGUGUACACUUCACCGAAUCAUACAUGCGAAUGUGCAUGACUUUUCU